AUGGAGACGCUCUCUGAGCCGUUCGCUGCAGAGGAGAUUCAGGGGCUCGACAGUGACAUUCUUAUAGAAGACUUGCGCGACCAUUCUCAGAGUAUCGACCAUCUAUCUGGGGAGCUCCUCCAGCAAGACUACGGUUACCAUUCCUCCUCGUCGUCCGCUCCGAACUCCAUGGACCGCGAACCAGAUGAUGAUGACGAUGACGAUGACGAUCUAGCACCGCUCAACUCGCGAGCAAGCAGUCGGUCGUCGAUCUCCUCGUUGCCCGGUUCGGUGUUUACAUACCCAGGGGUCAAAUCUCCCUUUUCGCCUUUGACGAGCGAGCCGCUGGGUUCUCACCACAAGGAAGACACCCCGCUGCGGUCCGUGAUCAACAGCAUCCGCGAGCGCGAUGCCGCGUUUCGGAAACCCAGUUCCGUCAGAGCCAUGCAGAUGAACACCGAAGACGAAGACGACGAGUACCUGACCCCCCCGAGGCGGCGGGGCCUGCAUGGCGGCGGCCACCGCAUGUCGGAUAUGUCCAUGCGGUCUGUGGGGAGCUCGCCCUUGAAGAGGUCUCCCUAUUCGGCGGGCAAACAGCGGGUCAAGAAGGAGUACCCGCUCGUCUUGCUCCAUUGCACUCUUCUCCCUCCUACGAUUUCGAUUCCCGGAUACCCCGGUACGCCCAGUCAAAAGAUCCUGAGGGAGGUCCUGCCGUUGGAGUAUUGGCGGCGAUGGAAGCUUCUGGAGGAGAAAGUCGGGUCGGGGGUCCUCCAAGACCGCGGCGUGCUGAUCUCUCACCCAGAGGAUCUGUAUGACGUGCUGGAGGAGCGGUUGCUGGAGAGCCUGGAACUGCAGCGUCCACUAGUACAUGAUGGGCACUUUCUGGGCCACGGCAAGGGCGACUCUGAGAAGGAAGGAGAAGACGAAGAAGAUGGACAAGGAGAGGAAGAUGAAUGGGAGCAAUGGCACCAGAGCAGACACGAAAGCGCCACAGAUGAUGAGCAAGGUGAGGUGUGUCCCGAUUGUAGAGGGCGGGUGGUGAGGAACGCUCCCGGCAGCAGGAAGUGGGAGGUCAAAGUCUACGCUGCAAAUGGCCUGAUGCGGGCUGGCGCAUGGGCUGCUGCAUGGAAGGAGAUGGAAAAGGUAGACGUCGAGGUUGGCCUCUGGAUACCCUCGGAGAUCCGAAGGGAGCUGGAGAAACGGGUUUGCGAGGAGUCGGCGGCUCUCCACUUCGAUGAGGACCUGCGGAUGUCGCAGAUCAGGGACUCGGAGAGAGCCCAUCCUCUCGCUAUCGAGCAUCGACCCGGUCUGACUCAGGAGCAUAUCGAUGGGCUGGAAGAUGCCGAUGCUUUCACACCGCAACAAUUCUCCGCUUCUCCCGAAGAUCAGUACCCACCGCAGCAGCAUUCGUACCCGGUUUACGACCGAACCCCGGCGCAAGAAAUCGACCUUGGGGUAUUAUUGGUCAACUAUGUGCGUGUUUUGGCCAAUGAUAGGCGGAACGUCGCCAUUGUCCUCCUGAGCGUGCUCGUCUGCGUUCUCGCAAUGUGCAUUCGCCCCACUGUUGUCGAUAUGCAACAUCCUUUCCCUCUGGACAUGCCGGAAGAUGCGGUGUCCACGUCAAUCUUCACCGUCACGCAGUACCGCCAUGUCACCACCACGACUGCCACGUCUGUUGAGGUGGCACUGCCUACGUCCGUCGUUCAAUCCGAGAUGCCUAUUUUACCCUCCUCACCAAUCAUAGAAGCAGAGCCCAAAGCCUCGGGUCGCUUCGUGGCUCACCCUCAGGUCGAGGAGGAGGAGAAGCCAGGUCUCACACCUGCUGCUGAGCCUGGGUCCUCGGACGAACCACUAACUCCCGCUAUGGUCGUUGUCUCAGCUCAACCUGGUGUCUCGGAUGUUCCCAUGGACCUAAUGGAAGAGACGGCUCCCGACUUUAUUGCAAUCCCAGAAGAGGAAUCGGUGUUUUCCUCCAUUGCAGACGCACCUAGUGAAGAAGAAUCCGAAUAA